UUAAUUGCUAUCAGCAGUAUCAAAAGACACAAGGUUAUGUUAAAGAAGUUCCAGCCUUUGCCCAGAAAUCUGUAGAUUUCAUUCCAGCUGUGCCAUAUUCAGAGUUAAUUGGAUGACCCAGUUUUUAUCCUGAAACACUGUAUGAACUUAGAGACUGUAUCAGUACAUCUUACAGUUGCUUGAAGAACACAUCUAUGAUCUUAGGUAGAAAAAAGCUGGAGGCCACAACACAGUGUUGGAAGUACACUAGCUGCUGAUCACUAAAAAGGGAGGUGACCAGGGGAAUGGGAACUCACACCACAACCAUAAGAGCCAGAUGUUUCCAUUUCAGUUAAAUUCCCUCCAUAAAAGGUUGUUAUGAGGAUGGUUUGAAGGACAGUGUUCAUCGUUUUUAUUGCAAUAAAGCAUCAUCCCAUUUCUUUCCAUGUGCCAUCCUGUUUGAAGUAAAUCAACUGAGUAAAUGAGGUAUUCAGGAAACUCUCCUAAGUUCUCUUUACAAACUAAAUCAGGCUGUAAGUUUUGGAUUUCUGUUUCAUUCAUCAUGUGCUUGAGAUCUCCUCAUGUUCUUGUUAAUAAUUCAGCCUUCAGCUAUUCCAGGUUUAUUGCUCAGCGGGAGAGCACCUUUUGCUGGGUCCAGCAUAUGGCCAACGGAAGCUAUGUCAGUAUCUGCAAAGUCAGCAAAUUCUGAAGGAAACUGGAUUAGGAAGCCAUUGUAUGGAUUAUUUCAAUACAAUUCCAGUAUGAUCGGACUAGAAUCAUUAGCUGAUCCCACAGACACCUGGGAAAUUAUAGAGACUAUUGGAAAAGGCACUUAUGGUAAAGUCUAUAAGGUUGCCAAUAAGAAAGAUGGGAGUCUGGCAGCAGUAAAGAUUCUCGAUCCUAUUAGUGAUGUAGAUGAAGAAAUUGAAGCAGAAUAUAAUAUUUUGCAGUUUCUUCCCAAUCAUCCUAAUGUUGUUAGAUUUUAUGGGAUGUUCUACAAAGCAGAUCAAUAUGUGGGAGGACAGCUCUGGCUAGUACUUGAGCUGUGCAAUGGAGGGUCUGUCACAGAACUUGUCAAAGGUUUGCUGAAUUGUGGCCAACAAUUGGAUGAAGCUAUGAUCUCAUACAUCUUAUACGGUGCUCUCUUGGGCCUUCAGCAUUUACACAAUAACCGGAUCAUUCAUCGAGAUGUCAAAGGGAACAACAUUCUUCUGACAACAGAAGGUGGAGUCAAGCUCGUUGACUUUGGUGUUUCAGCCCAGCUCACCAGCACACGGCUACGUAGAAACACCUCAGUGGGAACACCCUUUUGGAUGGCUCCUGAGGUCAUUGCUUGUGAACAGCAAUAUGACUACUCAUAUGAUGCUCGAUGUGACGUAUGGUCUUUGGGAAUAACAGCUAUUGAACUCGGAGAUGGAGACCCUCCUUUAUUUGACAUGCAUCCUGUGAAAACUCUUUUUAAAAUUCCAAGAAACCCUCCUCCUACUUUGCUGCAUCCUGAAAAAUGGUGCAGAGGAUUCAACCAUUUCAUUUCACAGUGUCUUAUCAAGGAUUUCGAGAAACGUCCUACAGUUACCCACCUGUUGGAGCAUCCCUUUAUUAAACAAGUGCAUGGUAAAGAUAUGUCUCUGCAAAAACAGUUGGCUGAGCUUAUCCAAGAACAGCAGCGACUGGGCUCUGUAGCAAAAGCAAGGCAUGAACGAAUACAUACCAGAAGACCCUACCAUGUGGAUGGAGCUGACAAGUACUCUCAAGAUGAUGAUCUGGUAAAUCUAGAAGUUCUUGAUGAGGAUACAAUUAUCCAUCAGCUGCAGAAACGUUAUGCUGACUUACAAAUUUAUACAUAUGUUGGAGAUAUUUUGAUAGCCUUAAACCCUUUCCAGAAUCUCAGCAUUUACUCUCCACAGUUCUCCAAGCUUUACCAUGGUAUGAAGCGCUCAUCCAAUCCCCCCCACAUAUUUGCCUCUGCAGAUGCUGCCUACCAAAGUAUGGUGACAUUCAGCAAAGAUCAGUGCAUUAUCAUCAGUGGGGAAAGUGGUGCUGGAAAGACAGAAAGUGCUCAUUUGAUCGUCCAACAUUUGACCUUCUUGGGAAAGGCCAAUAAUCGUGCUUUGCGUGAGAAAAUUCUUCAGGUGAAUCCUCUGGUUGAAGCAUUUGGGAAUGCCUGCACUGCCAUCAAUGACAACUCAAGUCGCUUCGGAAAAUAUCUGGAAAUGAUGUUCACACCCACAGGAGCUGUAAUGGGGGCAAAGAUUUCUGAGUAUCUACUUGAAAAGUCAAGGGUUAUAAAACAGGCUGUGGGAGAGAAAAAUUUCCAUAUAUUUUAUUAUAUUUAUGCCGGCCUUUAUCAUCAGAAGAAACUUUCUGAAUAUAGGCUUCCUGAAAAAAAGCCUCCCAGAUAUAUUGAUAAUGAAACUGGAAGAGUAAUGCACGAUAUUGUUACUAAGGAUUCCUAUGGAAGACAAUUUGAAGCAAUUCAGCAUUGCUUUAGAAGUAUAGGAUUCACUGAUGAGGAAGUGUAUUCAGUGUACAGAAUUCUGACUGGUAUCUUAAAUACUGGAAACAUUGAGUUUGCUGCCAUUUCUUCACAACACCAAACAGAUAAAAGUGAAGUUCCAAACCCAGAAGCCUUAGAUAAUGCUGCUGCACUGCUAAGUAUUGGGUCAGAAGAACUGCAAGAGGCCCUAACCUCCCACUGUGUUGUAACACGGGGGGAGACUAUUAUCCGAACAAACACUGUGGACAAAGCAGCUGACGUGCGAGAUGCCAUGUCUAAAGCUCUUUAUGGCAGACUCUUCAGCUGGAUCGUAAAUCGCAUUAAUACGCUUCUUCAGCCAGAUAAAAAUAUAUGCAGUACUGAAAAUGGAAUGAAUGUUGGUAUACUAGAUAUAUUUGGAUUCGAGAACUUCGCAAGAAAUUCCUUUGAACAGCUGUGCAUAAAUAUUGCUAAUGAGCAGAUCCAGUUUUAUUUCAAUCAACAUAUUUUUGCACUUGAACAGAUGGAAUAUCAGAAUGAGGGAAUUGAUGCUGCUACAGUGGAGUAUGAAGACAAUCGUCCACUUCUAGAUAUGUUCCUCCAGAAACCCAUGGGUCUCCUUUCUCUACUAGAUGAAGAAAGUCGAUUUCCUCAGGCAACAGACCUAACAUUAGUUGAUAAAUUUGAAGAUAACUUGCGAUGCAAAUACUUCUGGAGACCAAAAGGAGUGGAAUUGUCAUUUGGUAUUCAGCACUAUGCUGGAAAGGUAUUAUAUGAUGCCUCUGCAUUUCUUGAGAAGAAUAGAGACACUCUUCCUGCUGACAUAGUGGUAGUGCUAAGAACCUCAGAGAACAAACUUCUUCAGCAGCUGUUUUCUAGCCCGCUAACCAAAACAGGUAACUUGGCACAGGCAAGAGCCAGAGUGACAGCAGCAUCUAGGUCUUUGCCUCCACAGCUUAGUGCUGGGCGUAUCAAGGUUGACACAAUGGAAGUUAUGCGACACCCUGAGGAAACAACUAACAUGAAGCGACAAACUAUGGCUUCCUAUUUUAGGUAUUCCCUCAUGGAUCUUCUAUCCAAAAUGGUUGUUGGACAGCCUCACUUUAUCCGCUGCAUUAAACCUAAUGAUAAUCGAGAAGCACUAACAUUUUCUCAUGAGAGAGUUCUACUGCAGCUACGAUACACUGGAAUUCUGGAAACUGUCAAAAUACGUCAAAAAGGAUAUUCUCAUCGCAUCCUUUUUGAAGAGUUUGUGAAAAGGUAUUACUACCUUGCUUUCAAGGCACAUGAGUCUCCCCUUGGCAGCAGAGAAAACUGUCUGACCAUUUUGGAGAAAGCUAAACUAGAAAACUGGAUUCUUGGAAAAACUAAGGUUUUUCUAAAGUAUUACCAUAUAGAGCAGUUAAAUUUGUUCCUGCGAGAAGUUAUAGGGAGGGUGGUGGUCAUGCAGGCUUAUAUCAAGGGAUGGCUUGGAGCAAGAAGAUACAAGAAAGCCAAAGAAAAAAGAGAAAAUAGUGCUGUUACCAUACAGUCAGCUUGGAGAGGAUAUGAAGCUCGCAGGAAGUACAAGGAAAUAAGGAACAGAAGAAAUAAUGCUGCUAUACAUAUUCAAGCAGCUUUCAGGGGAUAUAUUGUUCGCAAAAACUACCCAAGACUGAAGAAGAGCACUGGCUGUGUAGCAGAUUCUCAACGUAUGAGCAGCUGCUCUACUUCUGAUAUUGACUGUGAAGAGCACUGGCAGCAAACAAGUAACCAGUCUUCUCCUGUCGUGCCUGAUUUUCUUGACAAACAAACAAAAAAGAAGGAUUGGGAUGAGAUUGCUGCUUCUUCCUUUACUGUAAAAAAUACGUUCAAAAUGAGUGAUUCACAAUUAAUUAGCCAAUCUCAGUCAAUCACAGACCAUCAGUCAAGUCCCUUGAGACAUCCUAAAAAAGGAGGUUCAGAAAACUGUCUUGAACAGAAGCUGAGAACACCUCGUCGACGAUGUCAGCAGCCCAAAAUGCUGAAUAGCCCUGAGGACAACAUGUACUAUAACCAGUUAAAUGGAACUCUAGAAUAUCAAGGGAGCAAGAGGAAGCCAAGAAAACUUGGCCAAAUCAAAGUGCUUGAUGGAGAGGAUGAGUAUUACAAAUCACUGUCAGCUGUUGAAUCUAUCCCUGAAGAUGACAGCUGUCUCAGUUCCCCAUCUCCUCCUUCUUCAAGAGGAGUGUCUUUUGCUCAAAGCUGAACUUAUUCUGUUGACUAACACUGUGAGUGCCAUGACCUGUGCUAACAAACCUUCCUCCUUGUGGAGGUGCAGUCCAUGCUCAUUUGGAGUGCUACAGAAUUUCUUGCAAUCCAAGUUCAUUGGAUCCAUCUUUUUGACCACAGGAUGAGGAAAAAUGGCAUAGGAAACAAGAGGCAAAUGUGGCCAGAGCAUUCCUAGGCUGGAAUAGGGUUUAAAGGUAGAUAGUUCAGCAGAAGUUUUGUCUCAUCGAAUAAAACCAGUAGUGAAGUCAGGACAGGGCAGAUGAGAACAAGAGGACUCUGUUGUUCCAAGGACAAGCUUUCAUUCACUUUUCUCUCACAGCGUGACAAUAGUUGCAAGAGGCAACAGUCCUUUAGUUCACUCCUUACUCUCUUCUGCUGUACAUCCGGGUGUGGGCUUUAGAGCCUUUAAAACUUAAGGACUCAUUAAAUUGGUGAGUAGCUGCAGAUGUAGAUUAGAAGAUGCACUACAACCAUGAAUGGCAGUUUAUAUGAAUUCAUACAUAAAGGUCAGUUUUCUUUACUUUUUGUCAGAAUAUAACAAGAAGUAUUUGCUAUGAUCCCUCAUCAAAAAUAACAUCUUUUCCUACAUAAUGCAUACAUUCUCCAGGCCCAUUAAUCUGCAACAUAUCUGGAUGGAAAAUGGCUUUUUUUAAAAAACAGUUCCAUAACUAAACUAUGUUCUUAUAUUGGCAUAGGUCUUAGGGAGCUCUAGCAGUGUUGGUGCUUUGUGGUUUCAUCUCUCCUUUCUGAUAACAAAGUUUCACUGGGAAAAUAAUGUUUUAUUUUAGUGCAGUGCACAUCAUUAUUAUGUAUAGUGAGAGUUCAUCAGUUGUUUCAGUUAAACAGAAGCAAGCCUUCCAGUUAGAUAUUACAUCAUGUGUCUAUUAACCAAAAGCUUGUCUUACACUGAGUAAUGCAUUAUGAGGAGCAGUUGUAUUAAUUUCAUAAGGAAGUAAAGAGAACUAAAAAAGUAAUUUAUAAUUCAGAAAAACACUUAAGCUGAAACCCAAGUCCUGCUGAAACCAAUGAAAUUUCAGGUUAUGAUUAAGUGCUUUGUUGAAUGGGCCGAGUUCACAGCUUCAGAAUAUUAAAUAACAAGCACAAACAAAAGGUAAACGCUCUCUAGAUGCAUUCCUUAGGUUCUUCUGUUUCUUCUUCCCUAUUAUUGAGUUCGCAUCAAUCUUAGUCAUCAGAAAUGGACUUCAAAAGAUCUUAUGUCAUAUUUUGAGCACUCUUGAAUUGAAUGGAAAGGGUAAAAUAUAACAUUUUCCUUGUCAUAUGAAAUUCCACUAUCUACAUCUGAUAUAACUUUUCACAUUGAUUUAAUGUCACUAAUAUUUUUAUUUGAAGUUACUAUCUGAGAACCACUGCGGAGCUAUGCGUUCUGAGUCAGAACUGUGCAUAAAGCUGGUCUGUGCUUGGCUUUGUUUCGUAACUUACCCCUUUCUUCAUAUGCUGUUUGGCUGACUCACUUCAUACUCACCACGUAACGCUCUUGAAAUGGGUUUUCUUCAUCUUUACUUUAGUGCACAUGUAUCCCUUUAGAUUAUUAAGGGCCAUCUCCUCAACAUUGUGCUGCUGGUGACCAGUUGGCAGAACAGAUUUUCACAGUUAAAUGUGCAAAAAAAAAAAAAAAGAAUUUUAAAAAAGAUAGUUCUGAAAAUAUAUGAGAUGGGAUACAAACACAGAUGAAUAAUGUGCCCCAAGAAAUAGGGAGAAGCAGUGCAGGAGACAUGUCAGUCUGAUGGUCGUGGUCAGUGAGCACAUCAGCACAAACUGCUCAGAUUUUCUCAAUUGGUUUAUUAUUUAUUAUUGCAUUCUGAUUUAUUUUCUUUCACGUAUAUUGUCCUGAAAUAUUAAUGUGUUUUGCUUAAUAGUUCAUAACAUCCUGUUCUUAAUAUUUUAUAAAAGACUUUGAAUCCUGUUAUGAAAAAGAAAAUUUCAUGGACCGUGUCUGUAAUACAUUUAACACAUUUCAGUGAAUGGGAGAGUAAAGAGUGACGACCAACAAGAGAUUUUAGUAGACCCUUCCGCAGACCCUAAUGGCACUAGCAGCCAGUUCUGCCUUCCAGCUCUGGCAGCAUGAAAACUCUCUGUGCCAACACACAUUGGGCAGGGAGCUUUUGGAGAUUAGUCCCUUUCAUUUGGUAAUUUUAAACUUGCUUCUCACUUAAACAUUUACAUCACUUCAGUAACAUAAAGGGACCUUAGAAUAGGAGUAAACUGCAGCCCUCUUAAAUUUGCCCCCACUGUGACCUCCCUCACCCAUAUGCCAUAAGAGUGGUGGAAAGGGCUUUUGUGUACUGAGGAUCUUUUAAGUAGUCCCCAUCGCACCAACUGAGGAGCUGUUACUUAGAAGCUUAUAAAAUAUACAUCUAUAUAAUGUAAAACUAGAAACUUUGCUGAGACCAGUCAGACCAAAAGCUGAUGUUCCUUUUGGUGGCAAUGGCCACAUUUUUUAAGCAGUAGAUACUUUUCCCCCAGUACUGAACAGCUACUGAUUGUCUUGUGUUAUUUACUGUAGUUGCAUAAUGCUUUUAGAAAUGUAUUCUCACGUAAUAUUUUGUUCUAUAUUAUAUAACUGUGUUUGUACUUCCAAGUAAUUAUCCCAUCAUCUUUUAAUUCCACCGAGUUCCUAACUUCUGGUAUGUUGUGGUUAUGAGAACUGUGCAUGGCACACGCAAACAAAGUGGAUUUUUUUGUUUGAGGUUUAAAGAGAAUGAAUUUAUUUAAACAUGGUCCUUUCUAAUGGAAUAGGGCACCUUCUAACAGCAUUGUCAGCGAGUAAGAAGGAGCUACCAGUUAUUUUCUUCACACUACUUUUUACACACCUCUGAUGCACUUCUCAUUCCAUAUAAAUGGCUACAGACCAUAAGGAUUUGUAAGAAGUCUCUUCGUGUUGCUAUUUUCCAUACUUAAGUCUCUUCAACUUUUGCUGUAUCUUAUUUAACAGUAGUCUUAACUGAAUGAUUUUUAACCUUUGUUGGUAUAACCAACAUCCAUUACAGUGAUAGAAAAUGUUUUUAUUUACUUACAUAUUCUAUUCUGUUUAAAAACAGACACAGCUUUAAAUGUAGACAAUAUUAAAAAUUAAAAGUAGAAGAAAUGUAGUGUCUACAGAUCUAGCAGUCUUAUUCAAUAUUGAACUCAGUAAACUGUAGGAAAUCAAGGUGUUUCAUAUACCUGGUAAUGUGGCUGUCUCUGAUGGAGCAAUAUAUGCAAUACAUGCCCAGUUCCCACAGCAUUAAUGCUCAGUGCUCUCAUUUCAGUAUCUAUUGAUCUUUACUUGGUUUCACAUGUAUGAGAACAGAUGAUCAACUCUCACAUUUUAGAGCUCAAGUCCAUAACUGUAAGUAGAAAUUCACAAGUUUCUUUUUCAGCAAAAAUGAAGAAGUACACAGUUACGCAAAAAGAUAUUUGACAUUAUGGACAGGGAGUAAGAAGGUAAUUUUGUAGUGGAAGCAAAGGACUGGAAGUCAAGGUAUCUGAGUGGUACAAGUUGCUAUUUUAUAUCAGAUUUGUAUUUAUGUAAAAUCAGAUUUAAGCCCCAAGCUUAAAUGUUGCCUUUUUUGUUUGUUUGCUUGUGUUUAAGGUUAUAUUUGAAUACUUAGAUCCUUUCUCUUAAAAGAAUUGAACAUGCACAGGGA